ACUUUUACAGCAUUAUAGAUAUUGCAUAUAACCCAGAUGUUCUUCAGAGGGGAGAAGAAAACCCAGAAAAAAUGGAGCAGUUGAUCCAUUUGACACUUAAAUUCGUUGAGGAACGAUGCAACCUUACUCUAACUUCUUUGUACACCAUUGAAUCGUUCAAGUUGAAAGGAAGCCUGGAAACGAUGCAGCAACGUUUGAAAGGAAAGCAGAUGCCAACUCCACAUCUCAGUGAGAACACAAAGAAGGAACUGACACUCGAUCAGCUCCUACACGCUAUGGAAGCUGAGGACUGCAGCAGUGCUCCGGUGUUGCUGAAGGAAGAAAGUGUGACGCAGUCUCGAGCACAUCUGAUAAAGGAAAUUGCCAGUACUGAAACGCCAGAGGAGCUAAGUACUCCUGUCUAUGAGAUGAUCACUUUGAAGGAUGCAAACAAGAAACCACUCAAAAUUGAACUCAGAGUUGAAUUGCCAAAGGUUAGCUCUGUGUCCGAGUGUGACCUCAGAAUUUCAGAGGAUGACAUCAUCAUUGAAGUCCCCGAAAAAUACAAAUUACAACUAGAUCUGCCAGAACUCGUGGAUGAAGAAACAACUACAGCAGUAUUUAACACAGGAAAACGGGUGUUGUUUAUCACAGCGCCAGUUGUCAAGUGA